AUGUUAGCAGAAGGUUACUAUGAACAGAACAUCGAACAAAUCCAGUUUGCCGAAAGAAUGGCAACGCAGAGACCUUGUGAACAGCAUCAACAGUUGAACAUCAGCCGUGUUCAGCGUGACAGCAUAUCUAUUUCUUGUUUAACCACAACCCACCCGCUGGAGUCUCUAACAGUGAAACUACGCAAGAAUAACCCAGUAAAAGAAGUCUUGAUCUCUUCAGACAUUUCUUCGGCAUCAGAACACGAGCGAUGGUCUGUGAGGAAACAUGCUGGAAAUGUUCAACUUGAUCUGAAAGACAUCCAACUAACAGAUGAAGGCCUUUAUGACUGUGAGGUCUACAAACAUCAAGUCUGCCUUAACGCAACUCGGUUUAACCUGACAGUCAAAGAUUGUAAAAGGUUGGAGUCUGUCUAUGCAGCAUUAGGCUCUUCAGUGCGGCUGCAAUGCUCUGAACAUCCUCAACAACACACAACUGAUCAAGUCACUUGGAAAGUCAUUGAAGGUCACCGGUCAAUAGAUAUAACAAAAUAUUACUCUCCAUUCAAGACCUCAAGCAGUGCAGAGAAACUCUUGAAGCCUCUGUUUGAGAGAGCGAGACUGCUAAAUAACAGAUCUCUGCUUAUAAGAGAUUCAGUAAAGGCUGAUGAACUGUGGUAUCAGUGCAGAGUGAAUGACAAAACCUGCUAUGAAGUGAAGCUGCUGAUCAAAGAUCCUCCAACCCCUUCUGUGAGUCCUGCUGGCAACACUGCUGCACUCGCGUCAAUCAUAACUAAUCUGACAGUAGUAGUGAUGGCCACAAUAGCAUGUGUGAUUCUUUAUUUCAAAACCCGAAGGAACAAAAACAACAGCCAGAUUGAUCUGAGCCUCCAGUCAUCUGUGUGUUAUUCUCAAAUUCCAGGAGGGUUUGGUGUCAUACAACCUGAAAAACCUUUUUAAAAACAUGUUAACUGCACUGUUUACGAUUUCCUG